ACCUUAUUCAAGGACUGUCGACGGUUUACAGGUUUAACUGCAACUGCUGUAGGCCUACUGUGUCUGUGUGUACAGUAUCAAAAUCAAAAAUCAAUUGGAUAGUUGCUGAAUUUGUGCCCAUGUGUAUUCGGAAGUUGAAACAACAACAAGUCAGCAAGUGGAAGAAUUUACAACCUGACAACUGUUUGAUACCGGUACUGUCAGACUGUGAUGUAAACCUAAAUGGUCUGAACUUAUUUCAAGGUUGGAAUUAAAGGCUCUGAUGCAAAAUCAGGAUCCAGCUGGUGGAGGUGAUGUGAAGGUGGAUAGAUUUCAUUUACAACUACAGUUACAACAAUAUCAGUUAGACAAAGACAAAAUGAGAAAUCGUGGAAUGGAAUAUUCACCUCGUUUUCGGAGUGGAAAUGAUCUAAGAAUGACUGGGUCUGGUGAUAAUAGUGCCAUGACUCCCACUUAUCCACUUCAUUCUCGAGUUUCUGGGAAAGAGAAGCGAAGAAGAGUUCAUGCAUGGCUUGGUGCACAAGUAGGGUCAGGAACUGAUGCAACGGGUAACAACGCAUCUCCUAAUAAUAUUUCUGCAACUACAACAAACAUUCCAAGUUUGCCUAUUCCAGAACUUCCAUCAUUUGCAGCAUUACCUGAUGAAAAUUGUUCAGCAGGUGUGCCUGCUGAUCGCACGGAAAGUAAAGAUGGAUCUGAUUUAUUGCAUUCCAAAUCUGAGUUUGUUCCAGGAACUAACGUACCAGUUUAUCCAUAUUCAAAAUAUCCUGAUAUGACCCCUGCUUUAAGAAGAUCAGAACGAGCAGAGGCAAGACUUACUGGCAAGACAGAUCACAGCAACAGUCUUGACACUGGAAUUUCACACAAAUACAGUGAUAGUUCUCAUACAGGAGCUCAGAACUUUGUUCGAAAAUCAGACACAGGAAAACACAAGACUCCUAAUAUGGAGUUUGUUGGUGGCGGAGACAAUUAUUGCUAUGUAUAUGAUCCUUUGAUUGCCAAGGCUUACACAAAGAAGUAUCCAAUAAGUCCAUCUAUUAAUACACCUCCUUCAGCGUCUGUGCAGGAUUUGCAGCAUGGUACAGUUCCUCCCAAAUAUUACCCAUCAUCUGAGAAUUUCACGCCGGCUCCCGCGGUACAUCUGCUUGGAACACCAUAUAGUCCUAAUCUACCAAAUGGUUCAAAUUUUGCAAAAAAUGGUUUUAGCAAAUAUUCACAACAAAACUCAGGACUUUCAAGACAAGAGCAAAUUCCUCCUCAUACGUUUAGUCAAUUUGAUCCUUCAUUAUUUCCCCUACCUACAAAAUAUGAAGAAUAUGACAUGAGACCUAUCAAACCUCUCAAUGUUGAAGUCAAGAAAUCCUACUACGGAGCAUCAGCUGCGAAGGACGAAGCCAUUACAUUUUCUGAUACUAAAUCUCAGCCGAAACCUUAUCUACGCAGAAGCCAUUCCACAAAUGUAUCUUAUCCUGUACCAAAAUCAAGAAGCAAGGAAAAGCAUGGGAUUUCUUCCUCUAGUAAACCAUUAUCAAGAGUUCAAAGUAACGUUGAGGGAAAAAGAAGAAUUGCUCUUAUGAAAGCAUCACCUCGCCCCUCACCUCUGUCACCAAGAAGAAGACGACAACAACAAAGCAGCUCUGAGAAAAAGAGAAAUGCUAAGUUGAAAGCAGUGAAUAAAAGUCAAGAUACUGCAACAUCUGAAGAAGAAAAGGUUGAAAUCAAUGAGGAAAUAUCUGCAACUCCUAUGCCCGAUGACAAACAUGUUUCUGAACUACCAGUAGAUUUGAAACAUGUAAAAGCUGCAACUAAGAUUCAGGCUGUAUGGAAAGGAUAUAGAACUCGUAAACUUGACCCAAAAGUUGUUGAAAUAAGACAAGAAGUACGAGCAAGAAGAGCUGAACAAUAUAUUAGCGUUCUUUGCCAUGAGGUUCAGUGUCUCAAAGAAAAUUUGGAUGCUGAGAAAAAAAUGAGAGAUCUUCAAACAGAAGCAAUACGAUAUAUCUGGUCACAAUUGAGGUCUCUGCAAAAAGGACACAGAGCAGGACACAAUAAAGUUGGUGAGGGUAGACACAGAAAAAGAUCACCAGAUAACAGGCGUCCUAGGAGUAAAUCAAAUUCACCUAGAAGAGUGAAAAAUAAAGCAAGUAAAAAUGGAACGCCUCUGUGUUCACCUCUCGACACGCCCAAAAGGAGUUCAGUAAAAACGAAAACCUCACAUCGUACAUCAGACUUCAGUGAACAUGAUUUUGGUGAUGAAAGUGACUCUGUUGAAUCCAUAGAAGAUCAGAAUCAAACACAAAAGCGAGCUGAUGUUUCAUGGAAAGAAGUUCCAGAUGAAGAUUUAUUCAAAGAUCGAUCAAGUACACAAAACAUUGAAAACAACAAAAAACCACCAAGACAACAUGCAGCAGAUGACACUGAUGAAGGAAGAGGAACUCUUGUGACUGAUGGAGAAGGAAAUCCUGCUCAUAGUUCUCCUGAGGACAAUGAUUUACCAGAUAAAUCUCCAAGUAAUGUCAAGAUGAAAGUUGUCGCUGAAAACUUACAACUUAAAACAACAAUUGAUGUUUUGCAGGAUCAGGUUGCUCAAUUACAAGAAGCAAUGCUUACACUUUCUGACCGGAUAUUGAAUAGAAGUCGAAGUGAUGUUAAUUUAGAUGUUUGGGAAGAAACAGACGAACUCAAAUUAAUAUCCGAAAGUCAGGCUAUCACGACAUCAAGAUCGCCACCUCAGAAAUUAGUUGUUGAACAAGAACCAGAAUUAAAUAUGGAUCCUGAGCCUAUCUUAAGUGCCCGUGGUGAAGUGCCAAGAUUUUCAUUGAAGGAUUCGUUAACUACACUAAAGUCUGCGUUAAGUGAAGAUGAGCUCUGGGCUUUAUGUGAACAAGCUGGUCAUAAUAUAAAGAACAAAUCCUUGAAAAAGUAUCUUUCCCUUGAGACAACCUUUAUCAGACAAGAUGGCAGAAUUGAAUUUUCAGAUUUCAAUGUUGCUAAGAAUCAAAUUGAUGAAAUGUACUUAGCUCCUGAAGUUCUUGAACAUAAGUCUGCAUCAUCUACCAAGUCAUCUGUCUUCAGUCUCUCAGUUGUGCUAUGGUCUGCUGCAGAUUGGGAAAUGAGUGCAGAACAAGCUCCUCAAUUAUCUCAGGAACUUGAAUCAUUAUUAGUGGUCAUGUCACAAGAUGAUGUUGCUCAACGAGCUGAAAUUGACGAUGUUAUAAAGAUAUGUGAAGAUCAUCAUGCAAAAGCAGGGGUCAAUUCUCUUUGUGUUUGUUCAUCUCUUUUUGCUGAAGUACAAGAUGCAUUAACAUUUGCUAAAACAGGGAAGAUAAACCACAAGAAAAUUGCACAGGAAUUAUCUAAAGAACAACAACUUUUAACGAAGAAAUUAUUCAAGGAUAGAGUACUUCCAGACAUCAACAAUAUUACAUGGAGAUCUGCUCUAAAACCUGCAUCUGACAGGGUAUUAUCACCAAGACGUCAUAGCGAUCCAACACCUCACGAUCAACUAAUGAACAGUCUAUCUUCAUCUCGUAUUCCGCUCAGAAAAAGUCCUAGACCUAAAAUAUUUACUGUGAGAGACAUGUUUCUCAAAGAUCCAGAACUCGUUCAAAAACUCAAUAUAUUGCCUGGACAGAGACGGAAGAAUCAGAAAGCAAUGAGAUUGGUAAUGAGAAGACAGUCGCCAAAAGAUUCUUUGUCCCCACCUAUGCCUGGUAUUCCAACUGCACCUAGAGCAUUGCGGGCUGGUGUCAGUGAGAGUUCCUACACAAGUAAAAAUGAAUUAAGUAGUGUGAUACUGAGAUGGCAUCCUGCUAAAGUGUUUGAUAAACAUGGACAGGAAGCAAAAUCGGACAAAAUUAUCGGCUACAGGAUUUAUGUGAAUGGACAUCCAAAAGGUAUGGUUGCAGGUACAAAGUCAAGAGCACUGUUGGAAGGUUUGCGACAAUCAACUGAAUACAGAGUUCAUGUCAGGGCAGUUUCAUCACUUGGUGAAUCUGAUCCAUCAAAUGUUGUUAUUGCACAUAUCACAUCCUCACCUUUGAAACAGAAAAAUGACUGGACAGAAGAUGAUGAAAAAAUGCAAGAUGACUUCGACAUAGAUAAAGGAGACGCCCUUGAAAAAACAGAUAAAUGUUUUCCAACAGCUCCAUCAAGAACAACAGCACCUCAAGCUAAACCUCGAUUGGGAGCUGUUUUUCCAAAGCUGAGUGACCAUGUGAAAAAUCCCGAAAUUUCAGAGUCUGUAGGAGAUUCUGAUAAACGUCACAAGAAGAGUGAAAGUCCAGUGUCAUCUUCGUCUGUUGAAUCUUCUAAAUCGGAUUCAAAAAAGGAUGAUGACGUCAUUGACAGAGUUCUUCGACGAUAUGGUAUCCAACAAACAGCUACAAUUGUACCAGGUUAUUCCAGUGGUUCCACAUUAUCACCAAUGCCUGUUGAUUAUAGACCGAAGUCUCGCGUUUCUACUGAUUCUAAUCGACAUAGCGUUCAGACUAGUUUAUUAGACGAUUUGACAAAAUCACUUGAAACUUCAAGUAUUUCAAGCAAAGCUUCAACUACAUCAGAUAGUGCCGCCGAUAAUGAUUCAACACGUCAUAACGCAGGAAGUGAAGUUACUCCGAAAUCGUUGGCAUUGCUAGCACAACUGAAAAGUGAUUUGCUUCAGUAGUUAAGUAACAUCAUAUUGAAAUCCCCUCGAUAAAACUCUACAUAAAAUUGGGAGGGAAUUUUGGAUAUUUGACACCUUGUAUAAGAUUUCUGAAUUAUCUCGGUCUUUAGACUUAUGAUGUAUGUUACUAUCCUUUUAUUCUAAAAAAAUUUUGUCUUCAAUACAUUGAUGUAGUAAAAAAUGUUAUUUAUGUAAUGAAAAAAAUACAGUUACGUUCACAGAUAAUUGCAUGACGUUCAACAUAUUGUAAUUUUUUCCUAUUGCGAGAUUUCAGUUUUGUAAUAAUAUUAAAGAAUUCAAAUAUUAUUUUGUCUAAUUUUUCAUUGCACAUUGUCAUUUUGAAAGUAGUUUAUUUUUGAUAUUUUCUCACAAUGUUCCUAAUAUUAAUACGUUUUAUUUUUGUGUAUGCUUAUACAUGCUUGUAGUACUUAAGUCAAUAUUGUAUGUGUUCUUCAAUAUUUU